GUAACGAAUAAAAUCAUUGGAAAAUAAACAUUCGAUUACGAAAUUUAAAUUUUUUAUGAUUUCAUUAGAAAAGUCAGUUUAAACAAUAAAAGUUGGCGUAGACUAUGUGAUAGCACAUUGUGAUUCAAUUCGUAUCAAUCAGUCUGGCGUGGCCUCUGUAUUGUCGGCUCUUAUAACAAGUUUUUUUUUUUUUAAACCGGUAUUUGUGCCUUGGAUACAAUUAGUGCCUUGGAUUAAUACAGUAUUUCGAAAAACCUAUGAGAUAUUUGUGAAUAAAAGAUGUGAGUUUUUGAUUUGGAUCUAUCUGAAUAUUGAUUCUUUCAUCCCACUAUUGAGGUUAAAUAAUAAAAAAAUGUUGAAGUUUAUGAGGGGAAAGAGUCACCAUUUGACCGCAGAAAGGCUCAAAUUACAUAAAGAAUUAUUCAAUUGUGUGAAGACGACCACUCAUGGAUUUCCACACAGGCCGAGUGCAUUGGCUUGGGAUGCCAAAUUGCAGCUUCUAGCCAUAGGAACCAAAAAUGGUUUGAUUAGAAUAUAUGGUGCACCAGGUGUGGAAUUUGAAGGAAAACAUAAAGAAGAAUCAUGUGUCAUUGAAUUGUUCUUUUUACCUGGACAGGGUCGUAUCAUAAGCCAGUGUGAUAAUGCGUCUCUUCAUCUCUUUGAAUUGAAUGAAAAAGAUGGAAAAUGGAUUUUGGAAGAAGUGAAAUCUUGUUCCCUACAGGGAAAGUUAAAAAGAAUAACUACAUGUUGCCUACCUUUGAGUGGAGAGCACUUACUUAUUGGAACAGAUGGUGGCAACAUUUAUUCAUUGGAUGUCAAAUCUUUCGAUAUGACCGAUCACAUUAUUUAUCAAGAAGUUGUCAUCCAAAACGUUCCUGAUGAUUAUAAACUGAAUCCUGGUUCAGUAGAGGCUAUAGCGGAACAUCCAUUAAAUUCAGAUAAAAUCAUCAUCGGAUACAACAGAGGUCUGAUGGUACUCUGGGAUAACAAGACUCUGAAUCCGGAGCAUACUUAUGUUUGUAGUCAGCAACUUGAAUCCUUGUGUUGGCAUAGAAGUGGCACUAAAUUCAUUAGUUCCCAUAAUGAUGGCACUUUUGUCGUUUGGAGUUCUUCAGAUGCGUCAAAACCAGAAGAAUCUCCAGCAACCCCAUAUGGUCCAUUUCCCUGCAAAGCAAUUACAAAGAUCAUUUGGAGAGCUGUGAAAGGAGGCGAUGAUUUCACAAUAUUUGGUGGAGGUAUGCCUCGUGCUAGUUAUGGAGAUAAGCAUACGAUUUCUGUUAUGUGUGGAGAAAAACAUCAGGUGUUUGACUUCACUUCUAAAGUUGUAGAUUUCUUCACAAUCUGCCAUGGAGAUGAAGAAUCAGAAUACGAUAACCCCCACACCCUUGUUGUGUUGGCUGAGGAAGAGAUAGUGUUGAUUGACCUUGAAAGUGAGGAGUGGCUUCCUUUCCGCCUGCCUCACCUCUCCAGCUUGCACAUGUCUUCCAUUACUUGCACACAACACUGCAGUGAUGUCCCCCAAGAUCUCUGGAAUAAAAUCACAACUGCAGGAACUGCCUCUGAAAAAUACACUGAAAAGGAAUGGCCAAUCACGGGUGGAGAGAAUCUUCUGGAUGAGUCGUCUACUCGAGAUCUUCUAUUGACUGGACAUGAGGAUGGUUCUGUAAGAUUUUGGAAUGCUUCGGGUGUUGCACUCAGUCACCUCUACACCAUUCACACUUCAAAUCUUUUUGUGAGUGAAGAUGGUGAACACCCUGCAGAAGAAGAAGAGUGGCCACCUUUCCGAAAGGUUGGAAGUUUCGAUCCUUAUAGUGAUGAUCCCAGGCUUGCAGUGAAAAAGAUCCUCCUGUGUGUCCAUAGCAAGACGCUUGUAGUUGCUGGAACAGCUGGACAGAUAGUGUUUUUUGAACUGAAAGAAGAAUCCACAGAACAAGAGCUUGAAGCAUUUUCUGUGAACAUUGUGAGUGACAGAGACAACUUUGUGUGGAAGGGUCAUGACCAGUUGUCCUUGAAGACAGGAAAUCUUAAAUUUGAACCUGGAUUUGUGCCCUUCUGCAUUGAGCAGCUCACUCCUCCUGCAGCUGUAACUGCCAUAUCAGUUCACACAGAAUGGGGCCUUGUGGCUGCUGGUACUGCUCAUGGAUUUGCUUUGUUUGAUUAUAUUCAGAAGAAGUCAGUGAUGUCUAAAUGUACUUUAAAUCCUAAUGAUCUGAUCGCAACGAGUGAUGCGGCCAUGUCCAGAAAGAAAUCUUUCAAGAAGUCCUUGAGACAGUCCUUUAGAAGACUGAGGAAAGGUCGAUCUCAGAGGGGGAAGAGAGACAAGACACCCACCAGAGAGGAGGCUGCAAAAAUUUCUGAGCCUGAAGCUGCAACUCCGAUCACAGAAACUAAACCGGUUGAAAGGCAAGUCGAAGCUAGAUCGGCGGAUGACAGCAUGGGUUCCAUGGUUAGGUGCCUCUAUCUGGCUCAAAGCUUUAUCAUUAACA